CACAGUUUUUCGUUGCGACCGUGAUAGUGUCAUGGGCUGCAUUAUCAGAGGAGGUGGUGUGUUAAUUGCGGUCAAGAAUCACCUUCAAUGUAAUCGUAUUCCACUUCAAAACAACAACAUCGAGCAAUUAUUUAUCAAUCUUUCUAUGGGUUCUUUCACUCUAUUAAUUGGAUCGGUAUAUAUUCCUCCUAAUUCAAGUAUUGAUAUUUAUAAUGACCAUACUGAUACUGUAAGCAAUUUGUUAAAUCUUUCGCAUUACUCAAAUGUUAUUUUAUUGGGUGACUAUAAUCUACCGGGUAUUCACUGGUCCUUAUUAAAUAAUAAAAUUGUCCCUAAUGUUUCUCAGUUUAAUAAUUUAAUUGCCAAUAACCUGGCUAAUUUCUCUUACCUUAAUCUUAAUCAGUUCAAUCUUGUUAAAAAUCGAUCAGAUUCAAUUCUCGAUUUAGUUUUAUCUAACGCUCAUAAUUUAGUUGUUCUUAAUGAGCCUUUUUCUUUGUUACCGAUUGAUUAUAUGUAUCACCCUGCAUUAACUGUCACACUCCCAACCAAUGUAAAUCUAGAAUCAUUAAGUUAUAAUGAAAUUGUAUACGAUUUUUUCAACUGUAAUUAUAAUGUUAUACGUUCAUCAUUAGCGAUUAUAGAUUGGUCUCAAGUUUUUGAUAAAUUGUGCAUAAACAAUGCAGUUGAUAUUUUCUAUAAAAUUAUAUUUAAAAUAAUUGAUGACAAUUGUCUUAAAAAAAAACUUUUCACUUCUAAACAUCCCUCUUGGUUUAGUCCUGUACUGAGAGACUUUGUUUUUAAAAAAAAAAUAGCACAUAAAUUAUAUAAAACAUCUCCUACACAAUUAAAUUAUAAUAUAUUCUCUGCACUUAGAUCUAAAUGUAGGGCCCUAUCUAAAAUUGAUUAUAAUAAAUACAUUUCAGAAACUGAAAAUUCACUAUUAUCUUGUCCCAAAAAUUUUUGGCGAUUUAUUAAAUCCAAACGCUCUUCUCAGUCUUUUCCUACCUCUAUGUUUUAUUUAAAUCAGUCUAUUAAUGGAGGUGAUCAAAUAGUUGACUGUUUUUCUAAGCAUUUUUCUAGUGUUUAUGUCAACUCAAUUACACCACCGUUAAUCAAUCACUCGCCAUCUGAUUCUAUCACCAAUUACUCCGAUCUUAAUUUAUUUUCGUGUGUCUUAAAUCUUACUGAUGUUCUCCAGGAGUUAGAUACGCUGAGUUCAAAAACUAAUCCUGGCAUUGACAUGAUUCCGAGUAUUUUCUUUUCAAAUUGUAAAUUUGUAUUAAGUGUCCCUUUAUUAUACCUUUAUAACUUGUCAUUAUCAUCGGGUUGUUUUCCAUCCGCUUGGAAAUCAAGUUUUAUUAUACCUAUUUUUAAAGGCAAUGAUGUUACUAAUAUAAUAAAUUAUAGGCCUAUCUCAUUAAUUUCAAUUAUACCUAAGAUUUUUGAAUCAAUGAUUUCAAAAAAGAUUACACCACUUCUCUUACCUUUAAUAAGUUUGGAUCAACAUGGUUUUAAUAAAGAUAGAUCAACAGCCACAAAUCAGUUAAUUUUUCAGAAAUUUAUACUUGAUGCCUUUUCUCAAGGUUUACAAGUUGAUGUUAUUUUUACAGAUUUCUCUAAAGCCUUUGAUAAAGUAGAUCACCAAAUUCUUAUCUCUAAACUCCAUACUAUUGGUAUUAAUGACCCCUUACUUUCUUGGAUCUAUUCUUAUAUUUCCGAUAGAAAACAAAUAGUCAAGUGUAAAAACUUUAAAUCGAUUCCUUUUACUGUAUCAUCUGGUGUUCCUCAAGGUUCUCACCUUUCACCAAUUCUAUUUCUAUUAUUUAUAAAUGAUUUAAAUUUGUUUUAUUCUAGAAAAUUACUAUUCGCCGAUGAUAUGAAAUUGUUCCGUCUCAUAAAAAACAGUAAUGAUACAUCUUUAUUACAAGAUGAUUUAAGUUUUUUAGCUAAUUGGUGUGAUAUUAAUAAAUUACCUUUAAACUUCGAAAAGUGCAAAGUUAUGUCAUUCACGCGAUCUCGUAAUCCAAUUACUCACACUUAUAGUUUACGUAACCACCAUUUACAUCGUGUAAAUGAAUUUUGUGAUCUUGGUGUCAUAUUCGAAUCUGAUUUAACCUUUAAUCACCACAUUCAACAUAUUAUCAAUAAUUCAUCUUCGAUAUUAGGCUUUAUUACAAGAAACUGUAAAGACUUCAAUAACCAUAACACAUUAAAAAUUCUAUUUAUGUCCUUAGUUAGAUCUAAGCUUGAAUAUAAUUCAACAGUUUGGUCUCCUUAUUUAAACACGCAAAUUCAAUGCAUUGAGAAUGUCCAAAAUCGCUUUCUCCGUUUUAUGUCCUAUAAAUGUAAUAUUAUACGUGUACCUCACUCAUCUUAUCAACCUUUGUUGAACACAUUUAACAUCCAGAGCUUAGCAAACAGAAGAAAGGUAAAUGAUCUAUUAUUUUUGUUCAAACUACUUAACGGGUUUUUCUACUGUCCGGAGCUAUUAAGUUUUUUAAAUUUUUCUGUUCCUCAAGUCAGAACUAGAUCAUCAAUCAUAACUACUUUUUAUAUAAAUAAUCACAAAACUAAUUAUGCGUUAUCCGCUCCUAUAAAUAGAAUGAUGGCUAUCGCUAAUGAUGAACAAAUUGAUUUUUUUAAUUUCUGUCCAAAUUCUGUCGAUUUUUUCAAUAGUUUUGUAAGAAAAAAAAGUUAUUAAA